GGCUGAGGCAGCGCGGGCACGCGUGCGCAGUGCGCGGGCGGGCCGUCGUGGGCUCCGCUCCCGGCAGCUCGGUGCCUGUGGGACCAGGGGCCGCGGCGGCGCCGGUGCUCCCGAGCGAGGGCCGCCGUGAAGUUCGGCGUGAGGAGCGCGGCCGCGCCGGGGCGGGGUGAGCGGGGCCGGGCUCCGGGAGCGCGGCGCCGGCUGAAGCGAGCUGGGAGGCUCGAGGGACCGGCGGGCGCUGUGUAAUGUUCAAGCACAGAAAUGCCUUAUGUGGAUCGUCAGAAUCGCAUUUGUGGUUUUCUAGACAUUGAAGAAAAUGAAAACAGUGGGAAAUUUCUUCGGAGGUACUUCAUACUGGAUACCAGAGAAGAUAGUUUUGUAUGGUACAUGGAUAAUCCACAGAACCUGCCUUCUGGAUCAUCACGUGUUGGAGCCAUUAAACUUACCUACAUUUCAAAGGUUAGCGAUGCAACUAAGCUAAGGCCAAAGGCUGAGUUCUGUUUUGUUAUGAAUGCAGGGAUGAGGAAAUAUUUCCUACAAGCCAAUGAUCAGCAGGACCUAGUAGAAUGGGUAAAUGUGUUGAACAAAGCUAUAAAAAUUACAGUACCAAAGCAGUCAGACUCACAACCUCAUUCUGAUAACCCAAGUCGCCAAGGUGAAUGUGGGAAGAAGCAAGUGUCUUACAGAACUGACAUUGUUGGUGGUGUGCCCAUCAUUACCCCAACUCAGAAAGAAGAAGUAAAUGAAUGUGGUGAAAGUAUUGACAGAAAUAAUUUGAAGCGGUCACAAAGCCAUCUUCCUUACUUUACUCCUAAACCAUCUUCAGAUAGUGCAGUUAUCAAAGCUGGAUAUUGUGUAAAACAAGGAGCAGUGAUGAAAAACUGGAAGAGAAGAUAUUUUCAAUUGGAUGAAAACACAAUAGGCUACUUCAAAUCUGAACUGGAAAAGGAACCUCUCCGCGUAAUACCACUUAAAGAGGUUCAUAAAGUCCAGGAAUGUAAGCAAAGUGACAUAAUGAUGAGAGACAACCUCUUUGAAAUUGUAACAUCGUCUCGAACUUUCUAUGUGCAGGCUGAUAGCCCUGAAGAGAUGCACAGUUGGAUUAAAGCAGUCUCUGGUGCCAUUGUAGCACAGCGGGGACCUGGCAGAUCAGCGUCUUCUGAGCCUUCCCGCUGCCCUUCCGAACCCAAACACGCUCUCCUCUCUGCCGGUGCUACAGCAGCCACCCCGCGAUCCACAGCCUCUCGCAGCGACUCUCUGGUCUCAAGCUUUUCCAUGGAGAAGCGAGGAUUUUACGAAUCUCUUGCCAAGGUCAAGCCAGGGAACUUCAAGGUCCAGACUGUCUCUCCAAGAGAACCAGCUACCAAAGUGACUGAACAAGCUCUGCUAAAACCUCCAAGUGAAAAUGGCCCUCAGGAACACGAUGGUGACCCCGUGGACUUGGAUGACGCAAGCCUUCCAGUCAGUGAUGUGUGAGAUGGGAGCACGUGGAGCCUGACCCGCCUCAUCCGCCCUCAGUGUCCUUUCAAGAGGCUUCUCGCCAAAGAUGAUAAAGGGGAAAGGGGCUUUAAUGCAUAUAGUAUACUGCCUCAUCGAUGUUCUCUUUAUAAGCUGGUAAAGCCAAGAAGCUAGGAUGUGGCCAAACUCAAUGCAAUUUCUUUAAAAAAAAAAAAAAAAAAGAAAGAAAGAAAGAAAGAAAAAAGCCCUAAGUAUCUCAGUGUCAACUGUCUGAAGCUUUGUUCUCAUUGGGAUGAUAAAAGUGUGUGUGUGAUAUUUUUUCCAAGUGAAUUUGACAAUUUAAAUGUUUCACAAUUUAAAACAUGAAAAAUGCUUAUUAAUUAUUUUGGUUGUUUUAAAAAUGCUACUGUGACUUCCAAUUAAAUGUCCAAUCUCUAUACAUUCUUACCAGUUAAUAUUAUUGAAUGAAAUAUUGCCAGACAAAAAUAUCUGAACUCAUGACGUCUGUGGUGCUGUAAAACUUAUAGUACAGUGUGGACUGUUUUGAAAUGAUAGCCAUUUUUGAUGCUCUGGAUCUCAAGGUGAGCAGUGAGUUUUGCAUAGAGGGUAUUAUUGGACAGUUAGUGAGGGUCGUGUGUUGUACUGGGGUGGAGGAAAGGGGAGAAUUAGAAUUCAAACAACCGUAUCUCGGACAUUUAUUUGUAAAAGCUUAAUCAAGACGUGCAGCAGUCAUUGCUUUAUUCAGUGAAAAUUAUUUGAUACGAAAUACCUUGGAGAUCUGAUUUUCUUGUCAGAGUUUUGUAAAAUAGUUCUUAUUUCUGUAUUUGGAUCCGUGAAAGGCCUCACGUUUAUGUGUAAAGACUUACUGCCCUUAGUCAUGCGAUUGCAACCCUGUGUUUUGUCACUAAUCACCUGUAUUCAAGUGCCUGUGUUUUUUCAUCUUGUUUAGGAAUAUUUUGAGAUUAAUGUGCUCAGAACUCCUACAUGAUUGGUUUUAGACAAUUAGGAUAAAAUUAAUUUUCAGUAGCAUAGGUUAAUGUACUAAAUAACAUACCAUUUUGUGUUAGAGAUACCAGAAUGUUGUUAUUCUAUCUGUGCAAUAUAUGUUUUAAAACACAUAUUUGACUUUACAUUUAAUCAUGGGGAUAUCAUAAAUACAAGCACCUUUCUAAAAUAUCGUUCGUUUCAGGUGUUGAGUAAUAGACCAGUUUGAUCAAGUACUGUUUUUACGGUUCAGUCUUAAACAUUUGCUUUAAGAAAAUAGUCUUGAAUUUCACAUGCUGCUAUUUUUAUGAUAUUUUGCCGUAUUACAGUACUGUUCUGAAUUCGUAGAUGUCACUGUUUCUCCUUUUCAUUUUCUAAGAUGACUUCUUGUUUGAGAAAGAGAGGGGAGGGUGGAUUUCUUAUUACAGUGGUGGGGUCCAGAGGUUACUAUCUAUUAUACUAGAAUUAUCAUAGCAUCACUUUAAAAAUCCGAAUGCAUCAAGAAUGCACCACUCAACAUUUUUUUCAUAAGCUAAUAUUUUUAGAAGUUAUAUUUAGAUUUUUCCUUUUUUGCAGCUACAUUUGAGAAUGAUAGAAUGAAAAGGUUUUAAGUAGUUAUCACUUUCUCUGCAGAUAUAUCCAUUACAGCAGCUCUUUUAGAAAGCUCUUUUUUCAUGAACACACCUAAGAAAUCUUGUGUAGACAGUUGGCUAUUUCAGGAGCCUAAUGCUGUUUUCUUUGGUACAGCUUUUACAUUGCAUGUUCAUUUUAAUAUUUUGGUAUUGGUAAUUUGAUAUAUUCCGUAGUGGCAAAAUAUUAGCUCUAUUUUGGGACUUUUUAUAGAACUACCCUUGUAUAAAAUAGAAUAGGGAAGUGGUCUUGUGAUUGUCAGAGUCUCCUAAUAUUUAUCUCAGUACUUUUAUAAUUCUAUGAAAAUUAUUUAAUUAUUUUAAAACUUAUACUUUUCCUGUAAAUAUGUCACAUCUGAAUUGUCAAAGAAUUACUUUGAAUACCUUAAUAUUUGCUGCAUUUUUUUCUGUAUAUAUAACAUGUCUUCUUUCAGAAUGGGAAUAUAUGUGUGCUUCCCAUUGUUUACUUUUAUGUCUGUUAUCUUUAUACAUCAAACUGGUUGAACACUGUAAUGACUUGAGAAU